AUGCCAAAGGGCGGCAAGACCGCUGACUUCAAGAAGCGCAAGCAGAAGCUGGGCAAGAAGAAGCUUGCGCCGACCUCGACUACGGCCACACAGUUCAAGACGCGAUCAGUCGUGCUGCUCGAGCAGGCUCAGUUUGCCGACGGUCGCGACACGCAGCCGACGACGUCACGCGGUUCGCACACGCUGCCAGAGCUGCUCGCGCAGCUGCGGCACUACUCACCCGACGUCCGGCGCGACGCGCUGCUCGGCCUCAACGACCUGCUUCACGACCACCCGUCGCUCCUCCACACACACGCGGCGGAGGUGCUCUCCGGCGCCGCGCCGCUCGUGUCUGACACGGCGGCGCGCGUGCGGCGCGCGCUGCUCACCCUGCUCGGCGCCGUCCUCCCGCGGCUCGAGCAGUCGGCCGCCUUGGCGCCGCACGAGCCGCUGUUGCGGCUGAACCUGCAGGCCGCACUGUCACGCGAGGAGCCGGCGCCGGCGCUGGAGCCAUUCUUUUGCGCGCGAGGCCGGCACGGCGGCGCCCCCAUCUUUGGGCCAUUCCUGGCGCUGCCGCGCGCGCAGCGGCAGGCGGCGCUGCACCUUGUGCUCGGCUUGCGGCCGAUCUCCCGCGGCUUGCUCUGCGCGCUCGCGCGCUGCGCCCUCGCUGACGCGCGGCCGCCCCGCUCGGGCGACGUGGCGGUCGAGCUCGUGCGCGCCGUCGAGGCGGGAGGCUGGAGCGGCGCGGUCGACGCGCAGGCGCAGGCGUCUUUCUAUGCCACGCUGCUGGCCGAGGCGGGCGGCGCGGGCGCGCAGCCUCCCGGUGCAGAAGCCGUGCGCAACGCUGCGCUGGGCGCGUUGCGGCGGGCGGAGGUGGAUCAGGGUGCCGCGUUCGUCUUGCCAGCGGCCAGGUGA